UGAUCAGCUGACUGCCAGUGUGAUAUCUGGUUCGACUGGCUUCUGUCAACUCUAUGUAAAAGAUUGGUCCUUUUAAACAUAUUUCGUUUAGUGCUGAGUUGGUUGGAGAUUUCAAUUUAAGGAUUUAACCUACACUUUUCUAAAAUGAUGCAUAAUAUUGGCAUCAAAGUCUCGUCCCAGCUGGUUCCACUCGUGUGUUUUGUAAUCGUGGUGAUAUCAACACAUACAGUCGUCGCGAAGAAUUCGGAAGACAUUAGAUGCAAGUGCAUCUGCCCUCCUUACAAAGACGUACCAGGGCAAAUCUACAACCAAAAUGUAUCCCUCAAAGACUGUAAUUGCCUCCAUGUUGUGGAGCCCAUGCCUGUGGAAGGCAAGGAUGUAGAGGCAUACUGUUUACGCUGCGAGUGCAAAUAUGAGGAGAGAAGCUCUGGAACUAUCAAAGGGACGAUCAUUGCGUACCUGUCCAUCCUGGGCCUGCUGCUGCUGUACAUGGUGUACCUGACUCUCCUGGAGCCCAUUCUCAAGAGGAGGCUCUUUGGACACUCUCAACUCAUCCAGAGCGAGGACGAAGUCGGGGACCAGCAGCCGUUUGCUAACGCGCAUGACGUGCUGUCGCGCUCCCGCCUGCGGCCCAACAUGCUGAACAAGGUGGAGCACGCCCAGCAGCGCUGGAGGAGGCAGGUGCAGGAGCAGCGCAAGUCUGUCUUCGACCGGCACGUCGUGCUCAGCUAAUCGCCAUCCCGGAAACCCCAAAACGGCACACUAUCAACCCCCCCCCCACAUCUGCCCCUACCCCAUGGUCUCACCAUGAACUCCCUCAAGGCACGACCACCUUAUCUGCCCCUCUCAGCCCUACCACGACUCCCUCAUCUACACCCUCCAUGGAAACACCACGGACCCCUUGUUUUUCCCUCUUGGCCUCCCACACGUUGGUCCAGUUUUCCCUCCCCGGGUCCUUCACUCACUCCUAAAAGCCCUGCUACACCCAUGGCAGCGAGAGCACUGUGAACUUGAACUGGCCCGUCUCCUCCCAGAAACAUCAACAACACCACACAGCAUUGUCUGAUUUGGUUCCUUCAUUCCACAGUUCGCGUGAGUGUGUCUGUGUGUGUGCGUGUAUGUGUGUGGGAGGGGGUAUUGGUAUUCCAGUAAGUAGUAAGGUUUGUGACUUCCUUGAGUGAGGUAAGAUAAUAUAAAGUGUUAAACUUCCUAAUAGAGGGCUCUGAUGACAUCAUUCCCCAGGUAAAACGCAAAAGAUAGAGCGCCUCUAUUAGGACGUUUACUGCUUCCAGUACAUUGAGUUGACCCACCUAGGUCAAUCAGUAAACCACCUACUUAGAAUUUGCCGCCCUGCUUCUGAGGCAUACCUGUGUAGUGUACUAUGAAGAAUUAAUUUGUUGUGUGACAGUCAGUUGGUCGGUCGGUCGGUGUGUGUGUGUGUGUGUGUGUGUGUGUGUGUGUGUGUGUGUGUGUGUGUGUGUGUGUGUGUGUGUGUGUGUGUGUGUGUGUGUGUGUGUGUGUGUGUGUGUGUGUGUGUUUGUUUUAACUUCAGACUUACAGUGGAGCAGAUGAGAGACCAUGCCUAUUGUGCAUGGAAGAUGCAGUGACGUAAUGUAAAACAAAACCCCUUGUAAUGCAUGUCAUCAUACGUGAUGUACCCUUUCUGUAUUGAUAACCAUUUGAUUUUAAUGCAUUAUGGGGAUCCAGACUUAAAACGUGAUCACUAAGAAAGUGCCAACUAAGCAAGACUAAUCAUUCGGUUAAUUUAGUAAACGUGUUUGUUAAAAAAUAUGUGGCAUUGAUGACCAUUAUGAUCAUUUAUUAUGCCCUUUAUUUAAAAAAAAAAAAAACACUUGAUUUUGUCAGACCCUUUGUGUAGCGAUGCAGGUCAAUCCGAUCUUUCUUGUACAAGUUUAAUCUUUCUCUUUGCCAACUUUGUGAAUGCAUUUUACCGUCUUUGUCAGUCUCUUCUUCCUGAAACUACUCAACUAUCUUUACUCCUCCGCAUCUCUCUCAUUCAUCUCACCAUAACUCAGUUGUCGAGGAGGGGCAAUCAUUUGUACUCCUGCAUUUGAUAUAUAAUUGAAUUGUUUACGUGAUGUGUGUGUAACCAUGACCUCUAAUCUCUAAAUCAUCAGAUGUCUUAUGUAAAAACCUUUAACAGACUGGAAUCAUAAUAAUGCUCUGUGUCACUGCCUGGGCAGAACUGGAUUUGAAUCCCCAUGUGUGUUGUGGUACAAACCUGCCCCACGCUCAUCUAGACUCAGUACAUUUGUAAUACAGUAGGCCUACACGUGAUGAUGAUCUUCACUCUCUUGCAUUAAUUGUCUGUUAUUUGAAUGAUGAAGGAUGUGCGAUUUAAUCAGAUUAGGACAGUUGAUUGGCACUCUGCCUAGGAACUGUAGAGGGCGAAAACUAUGGGCUCUCGAUUUGUGUAGAAAAUGUUGAGUUUUAAGUUUUGUGUUAUGGUUUGAUGUCAAGCUUUCUAAAAAUAUCUAUAAAAAACCUUUGAAUUUC